GGUCUCUUUGGGAGGUGACCCGGUUAUCCGACCCAUCGUCACGUGCGUCCCUCUCGCACCUGCCAUCCAUCCAUCUGUUCGUCUCUGUGUGCGUGUGUGUGUCUGCCGGCCUGCGGGUACGUCAGCCACUCCCUGUUUAGGAGCCUCGCUGACUGCCCAGCCAGUCGACCGACACCCACACGCGACACCCACCAAUGCCCACACAUGCCAUGUACUCGAUCCUCUUCCUCUCGCCCAUCCCACCCCCCCGGGUGUGUCAUCCGGACGUCAUGCAGCAGACAAAUACCAUUCACGAACGAUGCGGAAAGCCGUUCACACGUCCGGCCAAAAACAAAUGCCGUGUGUGAGUGGAUGAAUGGAUGGCUCAAUCAGCCAGACAAAGAAAGAAAGUAUGCAACAGCCAUGCAUGCGAAGCGAACUACCUCUCUCCCGUCUCUCUUCGUCCCGUCUGCAUCCCAGUCAGCUAUGCAACCGGCAAACCAGCCAGCCACCAGUCUGCCAACCAACCACUACCCUUGAUGCACAUAUCCCACUCACCAUGCAACCAACGCAUUUGUGUGUGGACGCCAUACAUGCUCCGCAUGUCCGUCGGGAAAGCCCUUGCCCACCCGACCAUGCAGUUCUAAGCGCACACCACCACACAGCACACGAACAUUCGCCCAUGGAUCACUCACUCCCGCGUGCACAAACAAGCUCAUGAAUUGUGAAUUGAUGCACCCAACCCGCACUCAACUCAACUCAGCAUAAGACAAGCAUGCACCUCUACGUGCACCUGUCGGCUACUCAGCGGAGGGAGCGCUGGGCUUUGAGGUCCGCGAUCUCCGUCGCCUGCAUGCGGACGGUCUUGGCCAGCGCUUCGAUGGCUUCGGCCUGGUUGUCGCUGCGCGUCUGUAGCUGCUGGGCCACUAUAAUUGUCUGCCACGUACACACAAGCGAACACACAACACACAGCAAAGGAGGGACGCGGAUACACACAUACAUGUGAAGCCUCGAUUGACACGUGUGUGCUAUUCACCUUGUAGAGGAGAGCGUAUUGGUUCACAUGGAUGCUCUCUUCGGGCUCCGGGGUGCCCACGAGGUGUGCUCGAUUAGUCAUCACCGCGUCAGGGAAGAUCGCCUGUGUGGAUGGGAUGGCCAAAACACAGACAUAUCAACGGACAGAGCCGAGUGAAGAGUAACGGUGGUCUCGGGCUGCCCCAUCGCACCCACCUUAAGCUCCUCGCCAAUCACGCCAGUGAUUGGGGUCUCCGCCUCCGCCUCCGCCUGAAGCCCACGUCCGGCCACCUUACGCUGUCAGUGUGACAGCACACAAAGGGAGACACCAUUCCACCCACCCACCCCCUCCAUCGCUGCCUUGGCUUGCUCGCCAUGCAUGCCGUCGGUACCUCCGUACCUUGUAUGUGUGCAUCUUGAUGAACCUGAACCGCUCAUAGGUGUUGCUCAGCUCCUGCUCGGGCAUAAUGUCCACUUGGGACAGACUGCUGCGGCCGACCCUGCUGUUCCCGUCGAGGAUCUCCUCGGCCGCGACGCUGGCCAGCAUGCUAUUCUGUCCGCAGCCCAUCGCCCCUGCGCCGACACACACGACACAGAAGACGUGCAAGGCAAAAAGACAUUAGAGCUCGUGGUGUCAGCUCAUAUCCGCCUGCAUCCACUACGGCGUGCAGAGACCUACCGGAUCCAUUCUGAACCUCUCCGUUGUCCUCAUUUGCAGCCACCAACACUGGUUCAGGUCUGUUUCUUCCCGUACUACUACUAAGGUCACACUGCAAGCGAAACAUACACACAGACAGACACAAAUCAGACAGACACGUGGUCCAAAUGGCCAUCCGCAUCCCAGCUACCGCGUGACUCAACAUUUCCUGAACAAGACACCGCAAACCACGUCCUGGGUUGGUUGGGCGUAUUCUUUGUUUGGCCGCCUGCCUGACCCUUACCGUCGGCGUAGAGUCCAUCAGGAGCUGUUGAUCAAUUUGAUUCAUUGGAUUGCAGGCCAUCCACAUCUUCGCUGAUGCUGGCAUUGCUGCUGCCAGGGCAGCGAACACGACGAGCAGACGAGUCAUGAUGCACACACAGCACACAGACCUGCGGUUCGGCGGAGAGUGACAGGGGUGAAGUGGCUCUGGAUCACGGGAUGCUCUGGUUACGGAAUCUCGUGAGUACCUGGCGUUAACGAUUCAGCCGUAACGAAAUCACACUGCG